AUGUCCAUGGAUCUGGACGACGGCGCUGUGUCCUUCCAGCCCGCCGCGCACAAUGCCGCAACUAUUCUGUGCUGCAACUGCGGCGCCCCCAUCGACGGCACUACUUCCUCGGGCGCGCUCUGCUACGACUGCAUAAAACUCACGGUCGACAUUAGCGGGGGAAUCCAGCGUGAGGCCGUGCUGCACUCGUGCAGAGAUUGCGACAGAUGGAUGUCGCCGCCCGCCCAGUGGAUCGUUGCCCAGCCCGAGUCUCGCGAACUGCUUGCACUGUGUCUCCGGAAGCUGCGCGGCCUGAACAAAGUGCGCAUCAUCGACGCCAGCUUCAUCUGGACCGAGCCUCAUUCGAGAAGGAUCAAGGUCAAGAUCACAAUCCAGCAGGAGGCUUUCCAGGACACCAUUCUGCAGCAGUCCUUUGAGGUCGAAUAUGUCCUCGCCAACCAGCAGUGCCCGGACUGCGCCAAGAGCUACACCCACAACACCUGGAGGGCCAGCGUUCAGGUGCGCCAGAAGGUGACCCACAAGCGCACCUUCCUCUUUCUCGAACAGCUCAUUUUGAAGCACAUGGCCCAUAGGGAUACCAUCAACAUCAAGGAGACCCAUGAGGGCAUCGACUUUUUCUUUGCCGCCCGGAACCAGGCCGAGAAGUUUGUCGAUUUCCUGAAGUCUGUCGUGCCCGUCUUCGCCAAGAAGUCUCAGGAGCUUAUUUCCAUGGAUACACACACGUCUGUCAAGUCGUACAAGUUCUCCUACUCGGUCGAGAUUGUUCCAAUCUGCAAGGACGACUUGAUUGUUCUGCCCAUCAAGCUGGCCAAGCAGCUUGGUAACAUCCCGCCCAUGACUCUGUGCAGCCGUAUCGGAACUGCCGUCCAAGUACUCGAUCCCCAGACUCUCCAAACGGCAGACAUCAGCCCUGACGUCUAUUGGCGCGCCCCUUUCACGCCUCUCGCCGAUGUCACCGAGCUGGUCGAGUUCAUGGUCCUCGACAUCGAGCCUCUUGGCCCUGUCAAGGGCCGCUAUGUCCUGGCCGAGGCAACCGUGGCUCGCGCGUCGGACCUGGGAUCGAACGACCAGACUUUCUACACAAGAACCCACUUGGGCGGCAUUCUGAACGUUGGCGACUCUGUCAUGGGGUACCAUCUGCAGGGCACCAAUUUCAACAACGACCUGUUGGAUGAGCUCGAGAACAACAAGCAAUACUCGUCAACCAUCCCGGAUGUAAUGCUUGUGAAGAAGCAGUACCCCCGCAGGCACAGGCGCAGACGCGCCUGGAAGGUCAAGCGCAUGGCCAAGGAGGAAAGCGAGAUGGCGCCCCGAAAGCAAGACCAGGACCGCCUCGAGCGCGACUUUGAGAUGUUCUUGCGCGACGUGGAGGAGGACGAAGAUUUCCGCGCAGGUAUUGCGCUGUACAAGAGCCAGCAUGCGCCGAAGCCAGCAGAGCCGGAGGAGAUGGAGGAAGACGAGGACGAGGAGGACGAGGGUCUCCAGAUCCCCAUGGAUCAGCUGCUGGAGGAGAUGGAAGAUCUCAAUAUGGACGAGGGCGAGGAAGUGUAG